GCAGUGGCACCGGAUGCGGAUGUGCGUGAAUCGUGAUUGAGGGCUUUUAUAAGAUUGCAUUACAUAAUACGAAUUACGAAAGAAAGAAACGCAAACGCGUCCCAUCCACGAAGCGGCGCAGAUUCCGGCAUUGGAUUUGCCCACAGCCGCAUCAACACACAACACACGCACCAAUUCUCUCUCCUCUCUCCCUCCACUCUCACUUCCCUCCCACAAACACAAACACACAUUACACAGUCACGCAACACAAACCAAAACACUGAUACUCAUCACUCUUCAGUUUGAAACUACCCAAUCACAGACUAUCAACCCUCGUCUUCACCCAUGCCCACUAUGCCCACUAAUGAAGACUUCCAAGGUGUUUCGAAUUGCUAUGUGUUCAAGAGCAGAUUGCAGGAGUAUGCACAGAAGGUGGGGCUUCCAACACCUGUAUAUGAAACUAUCAAGGAAGGGCCUUCUCAUGAACCCUCCUUCAGGUCCACAGUGAUAGUCAAUGAUGUCAGGUAUGACUCUCUCGCCGGCUUCUUCAACCGCAAAGCGGCGGAGCAGUCAGCUGCUGAGGUUGCUUUGAUGGAGCUGGCCAAGACUAAUGAAGUUAAUCAAUCCAUUAAACAACCUGUUCAUGAAACUGGAUUGUGCAAGAACUUACUUCAGGAGUAUGCGCAGAAGAUGAAUUAUGCAAUGCCCAUGUAUCACAGCCAAAAGGAUGAAACACCAAGUCGAGCACCCAGAUUUACAUGUACCGUUGACAUUGGCGGUAUUCUCUAUAUUGGGGGAGCGGCAAAAACAAAGAAAGAAGCAGAAAUAAAAGCAGCUAGAACUGCUCUGCUAGCUAUCCAAUCAAGUGCAUCUUCUUCCCAAAACCAGUUGGGUCAUUCACAGUUGACAGUAAUUCCAUGCCGGAAACGGGCAGCAGAAACUGCUCCCCCUGUUGAUGAGACUUCGAAACCCUCAAAGCCAAAGAAGCGAUUUAGGAAGAAAUCUUCAAAAAGGAAAUUCUCUAAAGACAAGACUGGCCGUAAUGCUGAAAAUGCAGGCACUGGAGCAAAUAUUAAUCCUGGGGUAGAGUCACAUGCAAAUAUCAGCAAUGAGUCUGGCUUCAAGGAAACAAAAUGUGAUGGAGCAUUCAUUUCAGAAGCCAUGAAGAGUUCUGAGAAUGGGAUAUUGCUUAAUUAUUGCGAGAAAGAAGUAUUGGUUAAGGAAGGUUCUCCGGUGAUGAAUGGCAAUGGAUCUGUUGAAAUUGGGAACUCAACAAAAUUGCAUUCCAAAGAUCCAGAAGCUAGUGUGGAGCUGAACAAGCAGCAAGAUAAUGGAGAAAUCAUAAACGAACUGUGACAAAUACUGGUAUGUGUUUUGGGGUGCCCCGCCCGGGUGCGGGAGGGGUGGGUUUGGUGGUUAUAUAGGCUUCGAGUAUUGAUUGAAUCAUGACUACUAUUCAAGAAAAUAUUCAAGUUGGAGUAGACUAUUUAUGAGUUACAAAACCUUGAGGAUCCCAACGGUUUUUCUUUGUUGGCCGUCACUCAUCUAGGGAGGUAGAAAUAUAGGCUAUGAGAUUAUUCAAAGCAAGUUGAUAAUUUUUAUCAGUUAACUCAUGCCAUUUGAGACUGGUUAUUUAUUGUAUUGUAUUGUUGCAUAUAUAUAUAUAUUUCAACUGUCUGCUCCCUUUUUGUCCACAA